AUGUACAUACACACACAUAUGUACAUACACAGAAAUACACACGCACAGACGCAUGUACAUACACACGUACAUACAUACACAGACACAUGUACACAAACACACAUGUACAUGCACAAACACACACAUACACAUGUACACACACACAUACAUGUACAUACACACAGACACAUGUACAAUUGUACAUGCAUACACAGACACACACAAACACACACACCACCCCCCCCCCCCUCCCCCCAUAAAAAGUUGCAGUACUUCGUUGUUCACUCACAGAUCCGGGUACUGCACUCCAGGGGGAGGCAGAGAGCACAGCACACACUC